CAAUUCUCCAUAGAUUUCAUAUAAUUUCUUUCUUCUCAAAUACAAAUCCCUUUUAAUCUGCUCAUUUUCCCCUUUGUCUUUUCUUUUUGUAAAGUAUAUUGCAAUAAUGAAUGAUAUGGGGAAAGUAGUUUCAUGCCACACAGUUCGUUCUUGGAAGCAACAGCUCCUCAAAGCCAAACAAUGCAACAAAUUGGUCGUCGUGAAUUUUACCGCAACAUGGUGUGCCCCGUGUCGUGGCAUGGCUCCUGUUCUUGAAGAUUUAGCGAAUAAAAUGAGUAAUAAUGUUACAUUUUUGAAAGUGGACGUUGACGAACUCAUGAGUGUUGCCAGUGAGUACGGAGUGGGAGCCCUUCCCUCGUUUCAAUUCUUCAAGAACGGAAAAUUAGUGGACAAGUUCGUAGGAGCAAGGAAAGAUGUUUUGCACAAAACUGUAUCCAAACAUGUUGCAUGAAGCUAUUUUUUUUUGUUAUUAAAAGUAAUAUGUGCACGCAGUCCAGACCAUGUAGACAUCUUCACAUGCCUUCUGUAUUCAGAAAGAAAAAUAUUAUUAACAACUUGUACUGCUUAUAUAUGUACUUGAGCUAAAAAAAUUAUCACUUUACAACUUGUACUGCUUAUGUACAUGAGCUCGAGGAUGUGUACCCAAAAAUUUUCAGUUUAUUAAAUAUUGCUGCAAAUGUAACCAACGUGUUCUUAUUGAGAUCAAUAUAUUUUAAUUUAUCCCAUCUA